CCUUCCCCCCACCCCCCCUCGGCCUCCUUCCCUCUCCAUUUUAAACAGAAAACAUAAACCCUAACACACACUCAUUCACUUCCUCCCGGUCCUCUCGCUCGCUCUCAGACAAAUAGAAUGAAGAAGAAGAACCAGAAGACGACCGACUCGUCGGCCGCAGCUCUUAUUCCUACACGUUCUACGGCCGAUCUCAAAGCCCUAAUUCAAUCUCACAGCGACUUCUUCGACAGGCUAAUCGAACUCAUCCCAGCAAGAUUCUACCUCCCACCUGAUGACGACGUUUCUGACAACCCCAAGCCCUACUUCCACGGCCUCUCCAAAGCUGCCAAAGCUUCCCUCAAACGCCAAUCCAAGCAAAACCUCAAACUUGCCCGCCGCAACCGCCUCGACCCGGACAAAAUCUCCCAUUCCUCCACCCUCGACCUUCUCAAACAAUCCCUGGACACCAGUGCCCAUGGCGGUGAGGUUGCUGAAAUACCCCCGCAAGACGUCCCGAGGGCUAUUGAUUUAGAGGAGAAGAAUGGUGGGGAUGGUAAUGAUGGUGAAAAGGGUCAAGAAAAGCAGGUUACUUACGAAGAAUUGCGUGAGAAAUUGAGGAAAAAGAUUGAGUCGUUACGCGGGAAUCGAGGCGAGGGGAAUAGGAGUGCUAGGAAGGGGAGGGAGGAUAAUAAGGAUAGAGAUAAUCAUAGAGGAGAAAAGAAGAGAAAGAGGGAUGGUGAAGGGAGCAGUGGGAAGGGUGUUGAAGUGGUGGAAAAUGACAGUGAAGAGAUAAUAGAGUAUGGGAAAGUGAAGAUAGGGGACGAUGAGAUGGAAGGGGAGAAGAGGAAAAAGAAGAGGAAAAUGUCGAAGGUGAAGGAGUUGGAUAGAGCUAAGCGGUUGGAGGAGGUCAAGAAAGAGAAUCCCAGGGUAGCAGAGAGGGAAUGGUGGAGGGCAGCUGAGAAUAGGGCAAUGGGAGUGAAGGUGCAUGACGAUCCAAGGUUGUUGAGGGAGAGUAUGAAGAAGGAGAAGAAGAGGAAGGAAAAGAAUGCAGAGAAGUGGAAGGAGAGGAUUGAGGGCCAGGAGAAGGCUAAGGAGGGGAAGCAGCAGAAGAGGAAGGAGAACAUUGAAGGGAGGAUUAGGGAUAAAAAGAUGAGGAAGAUUGCUAAAAGGGAGAAGAAGCUCAUGAGGCCUGGGUUCGAGGGGCGCAAGGACGAGUACAUUACGAAAGAUUAAGGUUAGGGGAAGUAAAACUUUUUUCUGGAAAUGGUAUUUGUGUUUUUGGGGUAAUUUGUUUUGGCGAAAAUAAUGUGUUUUAGGAAAGGGUUGUAUUUUCGCUUUGUAAUUUAGAUAUGUUUAUGCAAAUGUUGUCUUAGAUUGCUCUUUAAUAAGGCUUCUCAUUUUGUGAAGAGUCUUGGUUGGAACAAGGAACUUUAUAACACAAUUGUUAUAUUGUAAAAUUUCAGUUGCUGUUCGUCUGGUUCUCAUGUGAAGCAAUUAUCAGUUUGUUUUACGUUGGAAUAAUUAUUAGUUUGUAAAAAAGUUCUAUGA